AUGCCGCUUAUAUUUGACUUGUCAGAUAAAGAAUCUGAUUAUGAAUUUGAGUAUGAAGUCCUCUCUGCAGGUUCAGCUGAUCCAUUUGAUGACACGGAAGAAUGGGUUUCUGCAAAUGGUUUUGCUGGACCUUCAGAUAUGCGAGGACUGGCUGCUCAAAGUAAUCUUGUCCUAGAAUGCAAACAAGAGAAUGGACCCAGUUCUAAUAAGGAGGUUCCCCAUGCCUCGAACUUGACAGCCGCGUUGGAUGAUAGUAUUAGCAAAGGAGUAUCCAGUGCAGAAGAACCUGAACAGGACACAGACCAUGACCAAGCCCCAGAACCGGAUGAGGGUACGAAUUUUGAAUUUGAAGAUUUGGAACAGUUGAUGUCUGAGAUUGGGAACAUGCGCGACAGUUCAAGAUUGCUGCCGGAUUGUCAGAGAAGAGAUAUGGCUGCAAAGCUGGCCAUGAAAAUGGCUACCAUGUUUGGGGGUGGCAGUGAUGGUGAAGUGGAAAGUAUCGGCGAGUAA